UUCUCUCUCCAUCUAUGCCUAGAAGCACGAGAAGAUGGCAGAGGCCAGUAUUUCAGUAGAUCAGGAUCAGUUCAGCUGUCAAGUCUGUCUGGAUCUACUGAAGGAUCCAGUGACCAUUAACUGUGGACACAGUUACUGUGUGGUGUGUAUCAAUGGCUGCUGGGAUCAGGAGGAUCAGAGGGGGGUCUACAGCUGCCCCCAGUGCAGAGAGACGUUCACUCCGAGGCCUGUUCUACGCAGAAACAACAUGCUGGCUGAAGUGGUGGAGAAGCUGAAGAAGACAGAAGUCCGAGCUGCUUCUCCUGCUCACUGUUACGCUGGAGCUGGAGAUGUGGAGUGUGAUUUCUGUACUGGGAGAAAGCGUAAAGCCAGUGAGUCCUGCUUGAUGUGCCUGGCUUCACUUUGUGAAACUCAUCUUAAACCUCAUCUUGAAAUUCCAGCCUUGAAGAGGCACAAGCUGGUCAAAGCCUGCACACGACUACAGGAGAAGAUCUGCUCUCAGCAUGAUAAACUGGUGGAGAUGUACUGUCGCACUGAUCAGACCUGUAUAUGUUACAUGUGCAUGAUAAGUGAACAUAAAGGACAUGAUUCAGUUCCAGUUGUAGAAGAAAGAGCAAACAAACGGAGUAAGCUAGAAAAGGAGCAGAAGAAAUCUCAGCAGAAACUCCAGGAGAAAGAGAAAAACCUGCAGAAGAUGAAACAGGAUGUGAUGUCUUUUGAGGUAGCAAUAGGGGAGAGUAAGAAGAUCCUUACAAACCUGAUCCACUUAAUAAAGAAAAAGAGCUCUGAGGUCAAAGGUCAGGAGGAAGCUCAAAUGAGUGUUGCUAAAGGUGUCCUGGAGCAGCUGGAGCAGGAGAUCACUGAUCUAAAGAGGAGAAACACUGAGCUGGAGCAGCUUUCACACACAGAGGAUCACAUCCACUUCCUCCAGACUUUCCAGUCUGUAUGUGUCUCUUCUGGAGGUGAAGAUUCACCCAGCAGCACUGUCCAUCAUCAUCUCUCAUUUGAUGGAGUGAGGAAAUCUCUCUCUGAUCUGAAAAAGCGACUGGAGAAAGUCUGCAGUGUGGAUUUAAGUAAGAUCUCUUCACAGGCUGCAGCACCUCAGAAGAGUUUACCCUCGGAACCAAAGAGCAGACAAGAUUUCCUACAAUAUUUCUGUCAACUGACUCUGGAUCCCAAUACUGCACAUCAUUGCCUCAAACUGUCUGAGAGCAACAGAGAGGUAGAAAAUAGAAGACCGUGGUAUGAAUAUUUUGAACAUCCAAAGAGAUUUGACUGUUAUUUUCAGGUGUUGAGCAAUGAGAGUGUGAGUGGACGCUGUUACUGGGAGGUUGAAUGGAGCAGUAAGAGACGUGGGUGGAUCUCAAUAUCUGUCUCAUAUAAAGGGAUCAGCAGGAAAGGAUGGGGUAAUAAAUGCUGUUUUGGACGCAACAAUCUGUCCUGGAGUCUCAAUUGUGUUCCCUUUUCCUCUUUCUGGUACAACAACACCGAGACUAAGAUCUCAGCUCCUCCAUCCUCCAGAAUAGGAGUGUAUGUGGAUCACAGUGCAGGAACUCUGUCCUUCUACAGCGUCUCUGAUACAAUGACCCUCCUACACACAGUCCACACCACAUUCACUCAGCCCCUCUACGCUGGAUUUGGAGUUGGUUUUAGAUCAUCAGUUAAACUGUGUGACCAAAUAAUUAAACACAGAUAAAGAGAGUAAAUGUAGAAAUGGAAAUGAAAUCUCUUGAUUUGGUAACAUUUUGUUAUUUUUUGCGUUUACAGUUUUACAGUAUGUUCAAUCGCUGUUGAACUGUUCAGUAAGACAUGCAGUAUCUGGAGAUAAAAAAUACAUAAAUAUAUUUUUACAGUAUGUAUUUUAAAUGUUUUCCCUUAACCCUUGAGCGAUCUUAACAUACUGUUUACUCUCCUUGUCCUAUGGGUCAAAAAUGGCCCGCUGUAACAAAGCCCCAAAAUAAAGCAGCCUAACUGAAUUUUGAAUCCUCCAAAUUUGUAUUCUCCAGGAUGAUUUUUUUUUUAUGGCUGGUGUGAUGAACAGGAGAAAGGUGGAUGGGAUGAAAUGUUCUGGACAUGGGCAGCUGAAUACACUGUUGGUCCUGGAGUCAUGUUUAUGAUGUUUGAUGCUGUGUGUAUUAGAAAGAGUUUAUGUGUGGUCUUGGUCUAGUCUGGUGUUUAAAUGCUUUUAUAAUUCAUGGACAAAAAUUCAUGGACCCAUAAGACAAUUUUUGUACCCGAGUGGUGUACAGCAAAUGUCAUAAAAUUGAAAAAAAGAUAGUUUAGGGUAUUUUUUGUACAGCUAAACAUAGUAGUGGGUCACUUUUAACCCGCAAGACAACACAAUGGUUAAAUACACCUUCUAAUUAAUUUGCUUUUCUAUCCCCUCUUAGCCUCAAGGUGGAAAGGGGUUCCUAUUUUUUCUGUGUUCAUCUAGACUGUGCUGCUAAAAUGUUUUGUAAUCAUACCAAUAAAAAUGUUUACCUCAA